AGCAACGUGUGACUGCCUCACAACUAGCCGCAAAGCGCAAAAAGUAGGGGCAGCCUCGAGUGCCUCCAGCUGCAGGGUGAACUCGCACUGUCCGCAGCCAGUCCCAGGCCCGAGUCAGGCCUGCGCCUCCGGACUUCCUCCGCGCGGUCCCGCCCCUUGCCCCGGAAGCACUGGCUGCAGGCGGAGGUUUCUGGGUUUCUUCGCUAGACGCACUUCCUUUUUGUCCGACAUCUUAGCGAGGCGAGGUGGUACCAGUUGCUCUCCUGGCUUCGCUAUGCCGCCCAAGGAUGACAAGAAGAAGAAAGAUGCCGGAAAGUCGGCCAAGAAAGACAAAGACCCAGUGAACAAAUCUGGGGGCAAGGCCAAAAAGAAGAAGUGGUCCAAAGGCAAAGUUCGGGACAAGCUCAAUAACCUAGUCUUGUUUGACAAAGCAACAUAUGACAAACUCUGUAAAGAAGUUCCCAACUAUAAGCUUAUAACUCCAGCUGUUGUCUCUGAGAGACUGAAGAUUCGUGGCUCCCUGGCCAGGGCAGCCCUGCAGGAGCUGCUUAGUAAAGGACUUAUUAAACUGGUUUCAAAGCACAGAGCUCAAGUAAUUUACACCAGAAAUACCAAGGGUGGAGAUGCUCCAGCUGCAGGUGAAGAUGCAUGAACAGGUCCCACCAGCUGUAUAUUUUGAAAAAUAAAACUUUAUUAAAUCAAAUAA